AUGCAUCUGCAAGAGAUUCCCAUCUGCUUGGAACAAGAGUGUGGCCGUGUCCCUGCUCUUCACCGCAGGCCCUUUACUCCUCCCUCCCCCCAGAUCACUUUCUACGAAGGCAAAUGCUUCACAGGCAGGAAGCUGGAUGUUUGUGGCAGCUGCAACAGCUUCCAGGACCAAGGUUUCCUCAACCGGGUCAACUCCAUCUGCGUCCAGAGUGGAGCUUGGGUCUGCUUCGACCACCCCGACUUCCGAGGGCAGCAGUACAUCCUGGAGCACGGCGAGUAUCCCGAUUUCUACCGCUGGAACGGGCGCAGCGACCACCUGGGCUCCUGCCGGCCCAUCGGGAUGCACGGCGAGCAUUACAGGAUCGAAAUAUUCGAGGGGAGCCAUUUUAGGGGUCCCAGCCUGGAGCUGACAGAAGACUGCUCCUUCCUGCAGGGACAAGGCUGGGACAAGACCUGCAUCAAUGCCCUCAAAGUGUACGGCGACGGCGCGUGGGUGCUGUACGAGGAGCCCAACUACCGAGGCCGCAUGUACGUGGUGGAGCGCGGCGAGUUCAGCAACUUCAACGAGUGGCAGGCGCGCAGCGCCAGCGUCCAGUCCAUCAGGAGAGUCGUCAACUACUUCUAGCUGAGCUCCCACCCUGCCAGCCAUGGCUGCUGAGACUCAGCAUCACCCUC